AUGGCCGCGUACCGAAAGCUCCCGAGCGCCAAAGAGAAAGGCCCCGCUCACACCCCCUCAGUCCUCACCCACAGUGCCUUCAACGGCGCUUUCACCCAGCUUCAGCCCGAUCUCAUGAUGGCCGUGCAGCAUGAGGGCAUCAAUCCGAAUUUUCUGAAGACAGCAUUGCAGCAAGCACGUUCAGAUGCAGACAGCCCUGAUCGUGUUUUAAGCGGCUGCCCGUCUGGAGUUUGCACUCCAAAGCCUGAUCCUCAAGACAAACGCUGGCCGCCGCUGAGGAGCUAUUUCGGACAGGUUGGUGCCCAAUCUCUCAGUCAUCGCCGCAAUCCAGAACUCUCUCUACGUUUUGUUCAUAUGCCUGGAAAAAUACUUGUCAAUGACUCCGGAAGGCUUGAAUAUUGGGGACUCCCUACGGCUCCUGCCUCUCCAGAUGGAGAGGCGCUUCUCUCGUCUAGAAAAUGUCCGGUAUCGCCCAUUCCCCCGAUACCCCACAAUACCUUGCCAACUCCUCGUCACUCAUCAUCUUCCUCAGCGAUGCGCCAUGGGAAAGACGCCUGUGGCAAUGGUCAUGCGCAUAACCCGAAAGAAAAAGAAGGUCAGCCGAAGGCUCGUACAGCAUCCUACGCCCGCGUCGUGUCUGGUAAUAUCAUACUACCACCUCAUACCAGGAGGAAUUCUUCAUACCCGAACCCUCCGCCAGAGGUUACCGUGAACCCUUUAAUUCUAGCGUCUCACCUGUCGAACCCAACCAAUCGCCAACUUUCUACUGCGUCAUCGUCACCGACGGAACGAGAAUCUUCCCUUUCUGCAUUUUCUGCUUUGAGUUCCAACCUUGGGUCAAUGAAGCUAACUGAUGGCGCGGCCUCGCCGCCUUCAAAGAACACCCCUCCCUUGACACCGAGAGCGCUCUCAAAUGAUGGCUCUGAAGCCAAUAAGACCCAGUCAUCUCCCCUAGGUCAAAAUGAUGAUCGGGAUGCGCAAAGUCAACCGAGAGACGCUACAGCCACUCGAUCAGCGCCACCAAUCGGCCCUCCGAAAGGCAAGCUCUAUGUCAGUAUUGCAUCAGCUCGGGGCCUACGGCCUAGCUAUUCUCCCUAUGCGGUGUGCUCUUUCGAGUGGAUCGAAUCCAUCGCUCAUGAGCCAAAACAAAAUGGAACAGAGCCAGAUUUUGCAGCUACGAGUAAGGAGAGGGAUGGUGGAGUACCCGUGAGGCGAACGGGUAGUGACAUGGGUCGAUCUAUAGCAAUACCAAUGAAGAGCCGACAAAGCAGUACAACAAGCUUGUCAGAUCAGAAGACUUUCAAGAAUGGCAAGCAAGUGACAGAGCCAACUUGGAACCAUGAAGCAGUAUUCGAUGUCUCUGGGAAACACUCGGACGUUGAAAUUUCCGUUUACAGUGCGAGCCAGGACGUCUUUCUUGGCCAGACAAAGAUUACACCAAACGUGUUUCACGAAAAUACGAAAGUUGAGGGGUGGUACAAAUUGGAACCGAGAGAUCCAGAGACUGAUCAAGUCUCUGGCGAGAUAAAUCUUCGCUUUUCUUUCCAGGAAACUUCUAGAAAGCAGUAUGGUCCAGCAGAUUUUCCUGUACUUAGACUUAUUGGCAAAGGAACCUUUGGUCAAGUGUACCAAGUCUACAAAAGGGAUACUCGGCAGGUCUACGCCAUGAAGAAAUUAUCAAAGAAGGUCAUCGUUCAGAAGAAAGAAGUUGCGCACACCAUUGGCGAGAGAAAUAUCCUUGUACGGACUGCUUCCGCAGACUCGCCUUUCAUCGUUGGACUGAAAUACUCAUUUCAAACUCCGGAAAACCUCUACCUUGUGACUGGCUUUAUGUCUGGAGGAGAGCUGUUUUAUCAUUUGCAAAAAGAAGGUCGCUUUCCCGAAUCGCGAGCAAAGUUCUACAUUGCAGAGCUCAUUCUUGCUCUCGAGCAUUUGCACAAAUUCAAUAUUGUUUACCGAGAUCUGAAGCCGGAGAACAUCCUCCUUGACGCCGUUGGCCAUAUAGCGCUUUGCGAUUUUGGCUUGUCAAAAGCCAAUCUUGCUAAGGAUGAGACAACCAACACCUUUUGUGGGACCACCGAGUAUCUUGCACCAGAAGUGCUUCUAGAUGAACAAGGGUAUACCACUAUGGUAGACUUCUGGUCGCUUGGCGUACUCGUUUUUGAGAUGUGUUGUGGCUGGAGCCCUUUCUAUGCCGAUGAAACACAACAAAUGUAUAAGAACAUUGCCUUUGGGAAGGUUCGCUUCCCCAAAGAUACAUUGAGUAGCGAAGGGAGAAAUUUCGUGAAAGGCCUACUCAACCGCAAUCCUAAACACCGCCUGGGCGCGCAAAGAGAUGCCGAUGAGCUGAAGGAACAUACAUUCUUUGCCGAUACCGACUGGGAAUCCGUGGCCAAUAAGCAAGUAGUACCCCCUUUCAAGCCGAAAUUGAAGAACAUCCUAGACGUUUCGAAUUUCGAUCCCGAAUUUACAAAUGCCUUGGCAGAUACCCAGUCAUUGAACGACAGCGCAGUGCAAAGGGCUGGCGGGCCACUGCCAGCCUCAACGCCCCUCUCCCCUGGGAUGCAGGCAAACUUCAAAGGCUUCACCUUUGUCGACGAGAGCACCAUGGACGAGCAAUUCCAAAGCUCUCAUCUUGAUCGUAUGGAGGAGGAUGCUGACGAGGAUGACGAUUGGGAGAAAAUCCCGACGAGUAGACGAGGCGAUCGCAUGAGUGGCAUCAUCAAAACCUCUUCAAAUGACGAUCAUAUCUUCAACAACUCGCACUUCGAUUUACCAACAAGCAAUGGCGAGGGACAUGAUCCCGCGUUCGUUGCCUUCAAGGCGCAGAGGAUACAGGCCGUCUCUGCCACCAGCUCCAUAUCCACAACGCUGGGUACUUACAACCCCAAAUCCGCGAUAUCUUGGAGCUCCACCGCAUCACCCUACGGCAACAUUAGACCAGGUUUCGACCCAAUCGCAGCAUCAUACCCACGACGGCCAGUCAACAUAUCCCAACCCCCAACGUUUUACUCUGUCCUCACCUCGCGCUCGAAAGAGCUGCCCAAGGAACCUUUCAAGCGGUUGCCGCCUGUGCUUUACAACUGCAUCCUGCGUCAAUUGAAAAUGAUUCACACAGCACCGUCCUCCAACAGCUGCUAUUCAUGCUACGUACGGGAUCUGUGCUCCCUUUCGCUCACUAGUAGAGCUUGGGAUAGGGAGGUGGUCAAACACCUGUACAGCGAGAUAUCAAUCGUAGAGCAUGGCGUCAAACAACGAGUCAAGAGGCUCAAGAUAAGGUUGAAGCAAUUAAGACGGACGCUGCGAGCGCGUGCUUCUCUUUCACAUUACGUGCGAGAGCUCCACAUCACUCUCUCGCAAACCGUCAUUAGCUUUGCAUCGACUGCCUUAACUGAUCUGAUUGCGUCUGUAGUCAUGACAUGCCCGAACCUCGAGAGCUUUGGGGGCUAUCAUCAAUUGUAUAGUCAUGAGUUUGAUAGACUGACUCAUGCCCUCUCUACGCGAAAGAGGCUCAGGGCUCACCUGUGGCUUAUUGGUGAAAAUAACGCAGUGGCUCAACGAGCCCUUCGCCAAUUAGCUCCUGGCUUGAUGGAUGCUGAGCAGAAGUUUUCUUUCGCCUCGUUCCACAACGGCUGGCCACUCUUGACCACUCUCUUACUCCAUGCGCCGGGCCAUGGAAUACUUGAAAGAGACUUAUUCGUCAACACGAAAACAAGCGACCCAAGAAAAUUGCACGGACCUGGAAUACUCCAUCGACUUCCUUCGUUACAGCAUCUUUGCGUUUCUAGCUUUGAUGUGGACGAUUUCGACGAUCAAACCCUACAACAUCUUCCUCCUUUGCGUAGUCUUCGUCUGCAAGAUCUUGAAGGCGUCACCUUCUGGGGUCUUUCCGAGUUUUCGAGGACUCGCAAUGCCUUCGGGCUGCGAAGGCUAGCCAUUGUGAAUGUGGAUGUUCUAUAUAUGUCAGCCAUCUCGAACCUUCUGCUACGACUUAAGAAUCUCAAGAAAUUCACCCUUGUCCAGGAUUCUUCUCCGGAAAUACCUCAAGAGGAAGUGGUGAUUCAACCUAUCAUUGCUUCUCCACAGCUUCAAUAUCUGCACUGGGAUAUCUUACUGCCCGGCUCCGCGAACGCAAAUUUGGCGGAUUCAAUUCGCGCCGGGGCGUUUCCGCGUUUGGAAAUCGUUAGAGUACCUUCAGAUCACGGGGGCUUGAUACAAAGCCUGUGCAAGCCUCGUUCUCAAAUCCUGCUCCCGGGUGACUGGUCCUCAGCAGUCGCAGCUAUGGGCGCACCGUCAUGUUCUGGGUUGAGAGCUGCCCGACGAGCCGCGCAGCAGCGACUAGAGAAGGCAUGGAAUACGAUACAGUAUAAAGUAAUCGUUGAAGAAGGCAGCGUAAUCAAGGAAGUGUACGAUAUCAGUGGCUUCAUGGGAAUGGUUGGGAGUAAGAUUGAAUACUCCCUGGACCCGGAUCUUGCGGGAAGUGACCACCCACUGAUCGACUUCGAAGACUUGACCGCUAGUACUUCUAGCAUCGUAGCUGAAGCAGAGCGUUGCACAGGGUCAUGGAAUGCAAGACACCCAGCGGGUACGAAAUGGUGGGCUCACGAAGAAAAACCGAGGCAGGUCCCGGUUGAUCUAAUGCAAUUUUUCUAA